GACGAUGCAGCCGGCGCUGGGCGCCGCACCCUUCGGCGACGCCCUCGUCCCCUCCGCCUCCUGCUCCCACCGCCUCAAGCCUUCUCCCCCUUCCUCCACUUGGCAUCCCAAUCUCUUCUCCUCCUCCUAAACCCCCUCCUCGACUCCCCCUACGCAGCUAGUCUCACCCCUGCUACUGCCUAACAUCGUCUUCGCUCCCCGUCCCGACUCGUCUCUCUGGUCAGUGCGGUGGCAUUUCUCGAUUCCUAGGGUUUUGUUGCGGAUUGGAUCUGACCUGCUGGCGCCUGGCUUUACUGGUUUGCGACUGAUUCCACUGAGUGCAGUGGCAACCGACUUCAUGGGUGAUUUGGCUUGUGAUUCUGAAACAGUACCGAUGGAGGGUGGCGGCGUCUCUUUUGUCUGUGAGGAUAGCCCGGUUCUGUUAGAGACACUUCCUCCAGCAGGGCAGACUGUAUGUUCUUGUGGGAAACCCCAUCAUAGCCAGGAUGGAACUCAUGAGCAAUGCAUGAAUGGUGAUUCUGUGGAGACUGAGAUGGAUAUCCCAGGUUCUCCCAGUCCAGGAGGAAAGAGAGGCGAAGGAGGUGAUGGGAACUCUCAGUCCCAUGUAGUCUCAGAGUACAGUGAACCAAAGGACUCCUCAGCCUAUGAGCCUUCGUCGUCCUUUCCACCGACACUAAGGCUUGUCUCCGCUAUGAAAGGAGGUCGUGAGAGAAGUGGCGAAGCAUCACCAACUGAAGUCCGGCGCGUGAAGUGGGCCCCAGAUGUCUACGAUCCCCCUGUCACCUCGGUCGACCACUCAGUGAAGAGCCACCAGCAGCGUCCCAGGUCCAGAAAGAAGGAGAAGAACAAGCAGAAACUGAAGAAGAAGAAGAGGAAGUCACGUGGCAAAAAUAGUGGUUUGCAUGAUGCUGUCAGUAAUCCGCCUGUCCUCCAGGAUCCUGGGCCAUCAUCGCCUGACGACUUCGGAGAUUUGGUGCCCGAGGUGGUGGAUUCCGAUGCCGUGGGCCAAGAUUUUGUGCACGGAAGCAGUGCCACACACGAGAUGUUAGAUGACGCCACUAGCUCUCACUAGGAAUCCUACUCUCCAAGGUUGCCGAUGCAGGAUGAAAUGGUGAUCUGGAGGAGGGUAGCACGUCUUCAUGUGAAUAUGGGGUGUGUAGAUAAAUAAAUCCAGGCUGAGAUGAGAUGAGAUGCCUCUUCUGCUCCAAGCCCUUUUUCUUUUCUUUUGGAUGGUGUCCUGUAGUGUGUGUUUGUGUGCACGGUUGAUCAGUCGCGUUGUUGUUUGGUAGCGACCGACUGAAUUUGGACUGACUCGUGUUGCCACGUUGAGAUUAUCCCUAUUUUCCGAGGGAUGUUGAGAUUAUUCCUCUGCUUUUGGAGAGUGAUUCUGAGGUGAGAUGCCUGUCCUGUUCUGAA